AUGGACGCGACUUCCCCAGAGAUGAUCGACUUUGUCAUCGUUCCAAUCGAGACUAUGGCGGCUUGCAUCUGCGUUCUCUGGCAAGUCGAUCAAGCUAUCAGACACUCCAUGCAGUUCCCUGGAAAUACUGAAGGAACUUCAACACUUCGCAGUACCGGCUACAAGUUGAUCGCGAAUAAUGCGUCGUGGCCGCUAGUUGUGAAAAAAGAUUCGGUAUGCCACACUACUAUCAAUGAAAUCCACGAAGCCGCCGCAGGAUGGCUACGGCGCUCGCCCUUGUUCGAGGACACACGAAACGAGCUUGCGCAGUACCUGGGGUUGCCAGCCGGAUUCUCCGCGAGCACUUUCCGGAUUAUGGACAACGGUGCUAUCUUCAACAGAUCAGCCGUUCUUCUCCAGCAGUCUACCAGGGACUACUAUCUCACUAGCACCAACCUGUCCAACUUUCUGUCCAACUUUCUGUCCAACGCCGAGGUCAACAAGCAAAAAUACCGCGCCUUCUUGACUCAGCUGAUGUGGAUGCGGGAUGACCCUUUGGUGCGAAUGUUCAAGUCGGACUUCAAGGGAGAUUUCCAAGACCACUCAAAAGUUACCAAUACUGGAGGACUGUCGCACCAGCUCGAGAGCCUGAGCGUUACCGGACUAGAUGACGCGUCCACGGUCGCCAUGGAUACACCCUCAACUACUCGAGCCAAUUCACCAGCCCCCAUCGAGCGCCAAGGAAACCCCGCUUCUAAUCGCACCAUCAAGAGCAAGCCCGCCGAGCCGCCGACUCUCAAGUACAUUGCUGUCAUCGAGACUGCCACCGAAAAAGCCAUCUUCAAUCUCGACACCAACAAAGUGGACGAGAAGCAGCACAAGAUUCUGGUCAACGCGAAGGACAUGUGUAAUGAGAUGGCUUCGAAGGGCUAUGAUGGCAAGACGAAGCUACAGGAUGUUAUGGACUUGACUGUGCAGAUGGCUACAAAGUGGGAGGAAGUGCGUGGAAAGCAGGCGAUACAGGAGAAGAAAGUUUACGGAGGAUUUGGUUAUUAUUGA